CUGUUUCAUUCACUAAAUGAAAUGCAGCGAUUACGUUGUCAUCGCAACGUUAUUAUGAAAACAAUUAGUCAUAAAACAAACAUAAUUUAAUAAGUACCUAAUAAUUGCAAACUACUUACACGGUAAUUUGAAUGCUGUAAUCAGUCAAGCAAAGUUUUACCUAAAUCACUCCAGGAAUGAAGCUCUUGCUUUGAGCAUGCAACUGAGUUGUAGUUUAUAUUUCUUGUCAUGGUCUAAGAAUCUUUAUCCAUAGUGUCCUUUCAGAAUAACUAUAUAGAAAUCUGAAAAUGUGAUAAGUAGUUUGGAUGAAUGCAAUGAGUUUAAUGGACUGAAAAAGGGUUUGUAUGAUUCUGAGUGGCUUACAUACAAUAGGCUCAGGGGAUCAGACAUUGACAUUAUUUAACAUGAACUCAGAAGAGGACUGCUCCUUUUAUUAGCCACUCCUGUCCAAACAGUUAAAGCCAGACAGAGCUGCAUCAUCAGAAAGAGAACAACAGAACACAGUACUGAAACGCUGAAGAGGACGUUUAUCUACAUCAGCCACUGCACUGUGAGCAGGAAAGGCUUGACAAGUUUUACAAUGAACUUUUUCAACUCUGCUCUUGGGAAAAACAUCACUUUUGUGCGUCCUGCAUAUUUCAUGAUAAGUGGUUUAUCUGACAUCCCACAUAUCAAGUAUUACUAUAUCUUCCUCCUUUUUGUUUAUAUUGCAUCAUUGCUGGGAAACACAGUUGUAAUGGCCGUAAUAUGCUUGGAUCAUAACCUGAGAACUCCAAAAUAUAUUGCAGUUUUUAAUUUAGCAUUUGUGGACCUGUUUGGUAACUCUGCUCUGGUGCCGAAGCUUCUUGACAUUUUUCUGUUUAACCAUCGCUACAUCCCCUACAACGACUGCUUGGCAUUCCUUUUUUUCUGCUACACCUGCCUUUCAAUGCAGGCUCUUAAUCUGGUUGCACUUGCCUAUAACAGACAGAUAGCUAUCAUCUUCCCACUGCACUAUCAUGUGAAGAUGACCCACAGGUUCAUGCUGUCUUUGAUUGCCUCUUUCUGGGUAUUUGCUAUAACUAUUACACUCAUUGCAGUUGGCCUUCUUACAAGACUUUCCUUCUGUAAGUCUGUGGUUAUUAAUAGCUAUUUCUGUGACCAGGGCCAGAUAUACUGGCUUGGCUGCAAUGAUGUUACCCCCAACCGUGUAAUUGCUGGUUUGUCAUCAAAUAUUAUUCUUUGGAUUCCACUAGUAUUUAUCUUGGCAAGCUACUGUGGUAUUGCCUAUGUCUUGUCAAAAAAGUCUACAGCUAAGGAAAGAGUGAAGGCCUUUAAAACCUGCACAGGUCACCUUUCAUUAGUGGCAAUCUAUUUCCUCCCUAUCAUAUUUGUGUAUCGCUUUGGGGAAUCAAUUUAUCCAAAUGCCAUCAUAAACCUGUCUCUGAACAAGGCAGUUUUGCUUCUUUGUGUUGAACGUCCCCCUUCUCCCUAUGAGAAAGAUGAUUAG